AUGGUACAUGUACCAGACUCAAAUGUUUUGAAAGUGUCAUCAUCGUUCCGCUUGUCGUUAAACUCCGUAGAUUCUUUUUUAAAGUUACGUUACUCUUAUUUGCUGGAUCGUAUUGCAUUGCUGAAUGUUUUAGGUUCACUUGGCUCCUCACGACCGAAUCCUGUUCUGGGACUGGCUGGACUUACUCCUCAACAACAACAGGAGCUUCUUCGCAGUGCGCAAGCUAAUCCAGCAGCACUGCAAGCGCUUCUCAUGCAAGCAGCAAAAAGCGGCCAAUCACCUGCUCAAGCAUUGGCCGCGUUGUUCGCCAACCAUGCUUCUACGUCAUCACAAGCAGCAUCGUUGGCACAACAGCUCAAAGAGCAACGUGCCAAAGAAGAGCAACUGCUCAAGGAGCAAGCUGCUACCCAGGCGAAUAAUGCAGCGCAGCAGGCUAAGCUUCUCGCUGCACAAACUCCUCAGCAACGUGCUGCUACUGCUCGGCAAGCCUUUCGGAUGCAAGCGGACAAGCAGCUUAUGCAGCAAAUAUCCGCCCCAAAAGCUCCACCGAUCGACUUGUUUUUCAUCCCAAACGGGUCGCAGCCGGACUUUUGUUACCUCGUCGGCCUGGAUCUCGUCGUUCAACGGGUACUCAAAGAUAAGAACGUGUACAGGACUGUUACCGAGGUACCAUAUGAGUGCGAAGAAUGCGGCACGGAUUUUACCCCUUCAUGGAAAGCCAUAGGGACCUCAGCCACAGAUAUGCAUUUGUACUGUGAACAAUGUGUUCGUUCCGCGCAGAAGCGUAAAAUACGAACGGAUCACACUAAUGUACUCAAGAAAGCUUACAAUAAGAUUAAUAGUCAAGAGAAAGAAUUCGAAAAGCAAAUUGCCGAUGGAAAGCUGGAAGCUGCUUUGGCGGCUGCAGCCCAGGCACAUGCAGCCGCCGCAGCAGCCGCUGCUGCGGCUUCAUCUGGUUGCGCAUCUACUAGCCAGGCUCAGAAUUUGAGUACGAAAAUACCGAACUUGGCAGCGACGCAACAGCGUAGUGGAACUAGUACGCCUACUGUGCGGAAAGCAGCCACACCGGUCCCUCAGUCCUCUACUCCUCUGUCGAAAGUCGGCUCUUCUUCCUCCUCUAAUACUCCUACCAUGAAGAAGUCAAAUAGUGCUCCUGGAUUGAAUAUGGCAGCAAUGCAACAACAAAUGGCAGCUAUGCAGCAAUUGGUACGCGCUAACCCAAUGAUGGCAAUGGCAGCCAGUCAAAUGGCUGGUGCCGCUGCUGCCGCCGGAAAUCCAAUGGCAAGUAUGAUGCAACAGAUGUGGAAUCCAAUGAUGUUGCAAGCGGCUGCCACUCAAAUGCGCUUACAACAACAGCAAGCCCAACAUCAGGCAAAUCAACCGAAUAUGGCAAUGACUAUGCUAGCUCAAGCCGUUCAGCAUGCUCAGUCAUCAGGUCUAACCGGUCAGAAUAAUAAUCCCCUUGCUCAGCUGGCUGCCGCAGCAGCGAUGAACCCUGCAUUGAUGAGCAAUCCUCAGUUGUUGCGACAAAUUCAGCAGAUGCAGAGUCGUGGUCUGAUUGAAUCACUUCGAGGGAAGAAAUAA